CGAGAGAGAGAGAGUCAGUCAGCGCGUGCGAGAUAGAGAGAGAAACAGAGGAAACCUCUGCUUUACACUCAUUUGGACUCGGCUCAGAGCGCGGAUCAUUUUCGGCGCAGGGAAAGAGCAUCUGCGAUCGGACAUCCAGCACAUUCGUGAGAGAGUUGAGCGGUCAAUUGAAGAAGCGCGCACUCCUUUGAAAUCACGAUAGCUAAAGCAUCACUCAUAUUAAAAAGUACCCCAGUACUGAAUUAGCACUGGAUUGUGUAUUUUUACAUCACUCUACAGACGUGACUUUUUGGAGGGUGUUUGAGGAAGACAUGACCUCAGUUGAAAUGUUUCUUGUAUUGGAUAUAAACAAUAAUGCUAAACGCUGUCUGUGGGACUGAACAAUCCUGGCAACUCCAGAGCAGCAUCCAAUAACGACGUCUAGGCUGGAGAGCAGGUGCAUGUCUCUUCUUAAAGAGGAAAACAGACAGAGGAUGUGACAGAAAUAUGGGACACUGUUUCCGAUUAGCAAUCACAGCAGUUGCGUAUUUUAUCGGCGCGUCCUUGUAACGCCGUUCAGUACUGACUGAAGCGAUCGGACCAGCGUCCUCCGGCUACUUCCACUCGGUGUAACCCCUGCGAGAUCUCCUCCAAAGUAACUUGCACGCCUGGUCGUCCCUUGAGCCCGCUCAUGGGUGACGCUGGACCGGAUGGCGUGCUACUACCUUGUGAUCAGCUCCACGCACCUCAGCAAUGGACACUACCGGAGCAUCAAAGGAGUUUUCCGGGGUCCGCUCUGCAAAAGCACCGGAGGCGAAUCACCGGACUACCCUAGGAAAGAGAAAGCCAUUACAAGAGCCCUGGGGGAUUUGAAGGCCAACUUCUAUUGUGAACUAUGUGACAAGCAGUACCAUAAACAUCAGGAGUUUGACAACCACAUCAACUCAUAUGACCACGCACAUAAACAGAGGCUGAAAGAGUUGAAGCAGAGAGAAUUUGCACGGAAUGUCUCCUCCAAGUCCUGGAAGGAUGAGAAAAAGCAGAAAAGAGCUUUGAAGCGACUGCACCAACUCGCACAACUUAAACAGCAAAGAGACAGUGAUGACAGGAAAGGUCCAAAGUUAAGGUCUACAAACAAGGAUAAGGAUCAAGUUAAAAUCCCCUCUGCUGGCAGUAGCAAGUUUGACACAAAACCAACAGCAUCCUCUGUCCAAGACUCAGCUCCCAUUUCUACAAACGUCUCUUUGAAGGGCUUGUCCUCCACUCGUAUACCCACACAUCAGCAACUAUGUCACGAAAAACACCCCUUGCAGACAAAAUCCUCUGCAGGGCACCGGAGCCCCAGGGCAGGGGUCUCAUUUUGUUUCUCCAGGCGAGCUCAAAUGAAGCUUGACUCUUGUGCGUCUGUAUUUAGUGAUGGACUUGAGGAAACCAGUGACUAUCAAGAGCUCCAGCGCCACAGGCACAGACUCGCCUUAGAGGCCCUCUGGUCCUGCUCGAGCUCACCCAGAACUCCAAGUAAUGAUGAUCACGAUCUAUCCCAUGAUCCACCGGCUCUGGGAUGGGCGGAUAGAGACUCUCAAACCCCACAAAUGGAAGCACAAGCAGAACAUGUGGAAAGCCCUGAAAAUCAGGCAAACUACAGCACAAGUGAGCCAGAGAAGCUGGGGUGUCCUGACACACACAAUCCUGGAGCAGACUGGAAGCCAGCUGGUUCAGAGGACAGAUUGCUUGAUGGGGGGCAGAGGCCCAGGGGGGGGGCUUAUGGGGGAUCAGAGGAGAGAGAAUGCCUCAAGUGCCCCGGCCCUACUGUUUACACAGAUGGACAGGGCACCAUGGCCCAAGGCCAGCUCCUAAUACACAAAGGCUCACACCACCAUACACAGAAAAGCAGCGAACAGGGUCUUAUGCAAAAUGAGAAAGACUGUAUAUCAGUCAAAGAGACAGAGGAGUAUAAAAUACACAAGGAUGAAAAUACUUUCCUUAAUGUACUCAGCAAGGAUGGAAGUGUGACAAAAUGGCCUUUCGAGCUGGUGCAGUACACUUCCAAUGAGCCGCACGUAUCUUACAGCUGUAACCCUCUAUACUACUUUUUCAAACAGAAGGAGGGCAAAGUCAAAAGCACAAAGGCUGAGGAGACGGAUCUUGGUGUUGUCGACAAGAAUGACAGAGCUGGGCCACAACCACAGGAGGUUCCUGGAGAUAAAUUAGGCAUUUUAAAACCAAAGAGACCCAAACACAGGAGAAAGGGAAAAAAACGUAGGCGUAAAUUAGAUGCUGUCAGGAUCCGGCAAGCGGGCUGCGCAUUCAAAACCUGCUCGCAGACAGAAGCUAGAGGACACUUUGAAUUCCAAAGCACUCCAACUGACACGUCACAAAACAAGCAGGCGCGCACUGAGAGGAGGCACAAGCUGGGGAAGAGGAAAAGAUCAGUGAGAGAUGAGACUUCAAAUGAAAGUGACACCCCAGAGCACAGCCUCAAAAGCAUUGUUGUAAGCUCGCUUUCCGCCCCGGCACGUAAAAGGAAGAAAUGUCAAACGAUGAGGGGGCUUGUGUCGGCGCUGCACUUGGUAAGGCGAAGGCCUUUGCCAUACUCUGUUCACAACACGACAGGAAGAGAGGAUAAUUACCGCUGGUAUGAGGACACCUACGACUCAAGGAGGGAUGCUGCCUCAACUCCCACCAGUGACAAAUCUGGGUCAUGGAGUGGCCUGUCAGACUUAAACUCGGAUGGGGAAUGGCCUGUUUACCACAUGGGGAGAUGCUCCACCUCGCCAAGAUCAAACUAUCUGUACCCUUUGAGAAAGGAGCACAGGUCUUGCAUUAGAAGUUCCUCUUAUAACGAUCCUCACUACAGUUAUAGUCCAUGCAGAGAGUUUGAACAUACAGGAGAAAGCUGGGAUUACACAGACUCUUCUGUCUACAAUAAACGAAAAUAUUCAACAGUUUGUAACAGCCCUGAUCAGCAUGAGAGGUACAGCAUCAGAAGGCACAAAAGAUUUACUGAAGAGCAUAAAUACAGAGAGCACAGACUUCAGCAUACCGGCAGGCAGUUGUUUUAUAGAGUCUAUGACAGUCCUGAACCUCAAGAAGACAUCAGGGACUGGUGGUACGAAAGGCUUAGCCCUGUAGGUAGUAGGAGGCACCGGGAGAGAGAAGAAAUUCCUUGGUCAAGUCCUGAAAGAAGCGAAGACAGGUGGUAUAACAAACCAAUGUCCAUUCGUAGCCCCAGUUCCUCUAGUAGCACUAGCGUCUCUGAUCUUAGUGGGGACUGGUUGUCUAAUUCCCAUAUUAGGCCAUCCCCUAGUAGACAGAGCCAGAAACAUUGCAGUCAUUCUGGAUGGCCAUCCGAGAGAUUGGUCAAGACCAAAUCCUCCCAUUCUCUUCCUAGAAAGAGAAGUCAUUCACCCCCAUUAACUACAAGUAACCAUGCAGCUCAGCCUACAUCCUUGCAAUCAGGUGUUGGGGUAGAUGAUGUUACAGACAAAUCUAACCCAGUGCCAACAGACCAGAUGGUUGAGAAGGAUCCUAAAGUAAAGAAAGCAAAUCUCGCUCUCUUGUUUCCACUAAUUGGUAAAUUACCCUCUAUUAAGAAAGGGGCAAGAAAACUACGGAUUAAUAAAGAUACAAGUGCCAGUAUUAAUAACCAGGUUCAAACAUGUCCACAAGUUAUACCUCAAAUUAAUAGUAAUACUCCAGAACACUUACAACACACAAAUCCCAGUACAUCCCAAGCUUGUCUUGAAAAUGCCAAGGAGGACAGAUCAACAGAAACCUGUGCAGUUUUAGCUCUGAAUCCAGACAAGACUUUGUCACAAAAACUCAGAAACCAAGAGGACAGUGCAGAAACUGCAGGGAUUCAUUGUCAAAAACGUACCACCCCUCCCCUUUCAGAGCAACCAAUCACCUUCACCGACGAUGAGAUUGAGAAGUACAGAUUGCUUCAACUCCAGGCCCAGCAGCAUAUGCAGCAGCAGCACCUUCAAGAGCAAGCAUCUGUGGACAUGACCCAUUUACCAGCACCAACUCCAGAGCCACCCGACCAGACGACACUCUCAGCCUGUCUACCAUACAGCAUACUCCAGCCCUCUUCUUCAGCCUCUACUAUUGCUCCACACCCUUCCCCUGUUGCCCUGCUACCUCCCCUUCAUCCAUCUCUCUCUCAACCCCAUUUUGCCCCUCCAAUUCCUGCUGCCUUUUUUCCAGCGCCACCUGCUACUGUGUUGGCAACUCAACCCCUCCACCUGAUCCCAGCCUCAUCCCUCCACCCAGUUCACCCUCACCAUCAUGUUCCUGGGUUGACUCUCCACCCCCUGCCUCCUGCCUCUCUGCUCCCUACGAUGCUCAGUCCAAUGCCCAUGGCUGCCGCCGCUGCUGCUGCUGUUGCUGCUGCCAGCACUCUGCAGAUCCACCCCCUACUACACCCUCUGUUCCACAGCCAAGACCUUCAACGCCACCCUGGACCAACCAGCUAGCUCUGGUCAGAACGAGAAGGGAAUGGAGAGUAAAAAAAGAAUAUAGUUUUGACUUUAUGUCCUACGAGACCCCUGAAAGUGUGCUGUGAACUUUCUGAUGUUUAGGUUCUACUUUCAGCCAAAGUUCCUGUUGUGUAGUGAUUAUUUUUUUUGUUUCAUCUCUGUGUGAUGCAGCGUCGACUCAAAGAUAGCGGGACUUUUUACUUUGUUGUUUACUGUUCCAUUCCUCAUACAUCCAUCAUCUCCCUGCAUUAACGCACAGAUGAACCUCUCCUGCCUCAGCGCACUGUGAUUUAUCAGCAGUUGAGCCCAAUCAGCAGUUGGCUGAAAUUAAGCAUAACCUGAAGUCAAAUUAGAAUGUUAAUGGCGUUUUCAAUUAGUAAUAAGCAUAAUUAGCAUAUUAUUUUACAGUUAUGCUACCCAGCAAGUAUUCAAAGGGUUUUAUUUAUGAAAAACUAGGGGAGAUAUCCUUGAGCAACCUUAAACUAAGCAAAAUGUACAUGAAAAUUCAAAAUAUUUCAGAAUAUUCGUUUUUCAUUCAAAUGUUCUUUUUAGAAUAUGCAAAUUGACAUGAUUAUUUGGUCCAGAAUCCCAGCAUGUGAUUGAGCUAUUGUAUCUCUUAAUGGAUUUAGCAGUGUUCACCACUUUGGUUGAAAACGUCCCGUUUUGAAUUAUUUUUUCUGUGUUGUUUAGUAGGGUAGAGUAAGUUUGUACUUGCUCAGCUGUAGUGUGGACAUGCAAUAAUGUUUUUUCAAUCUAUUUAAAGUGUAAAAACUUUAACUGUAUUUAUGUAUUCAUACUUUGUAAUGUAAGUAAUAACAAAUAACAUGCACUUGAUUGUUCAUACAUGUUUAAGAUGGUUUUUAUUCACUCUUAUUUUGGUAGAGCCAGACAUACAUUCAUCCAUCUGUAAGAUAAUGUCAUGGGAAUAAUAAUAAAUUAAAUGUCAU